AUGUCGUCCACCCAAAAGCCAACCAUCCUUCUCGUCCACGGUGCCUGGCAUGGUUCCUGGAUCUGGAAGUACCAGAUCCCUGAGCUAGAGUCCCUCGGAUAUGUCACUCAGAACCUGGAUCUGCCUUCAGUAUCUGGUGUACCAGGCAAGACCCAAUUCGACGAUGCAGCGCACGUGCGAAGUGUCCUGGAACCACUCUUAGCCGAAGGCAAACAAGUCGUCGUGUUAGCGCAUUCAUAUGGCGGACCAAUUGGUAGCGGAGCUAUCACCGGACUGUCUGUUGCCGAUCGAGCCAGAGACAACCUACCAGGUGGAGUUUUAGGGCUCAUCAUUCUCUGCGGGUACAUAUUCCCGGGAGGCAUGGAUCAAGGCGCUGUUAUUCGCAGCUUAGGCGGUCUUCCAUAUGUCAAUUGGGAUACCCCUUCUCCCGGACUCUUUGUCGCCAAAGACCCUGAUAGUCUCUUCUAUCGACCCGAUGUUUCAAACGAGCAGGCAAAAUGGGCACUGUCACAGUUGCAGCCGCAGAGCAUGGCUGCGAAUAUGGGCGUCGUCCCUCCUCAAGCAUGGCCAACAGAGUCAUAUAAAGGUCGUCUGGCGUAUAUCAAAGCAACAGAGGAUGCCGUCAUUCCCUUUUCCGACCAGGAGAGCAUGAUUGCUUCCAGCGGAGGGAGUGAAGCUUGGAAGACUCGUGUGCUGGAGGGAUCUGGCCAUAGUCCUCAGAUUUCUCGACCUCAGGAGGUCGCCCAGGCAGUCGACAGUCUCAUCCAAGACUUUCCAAACCACAAGUAA